AAGUUGCAGAGGUGACAUUUUCACAACAGGACAAAUGCAGAAUGAGAACGGCAUGGGUACUUCGAUAGCAUUAUAAUGCCUAAAACGACAAUUGCUUAAAUCAGUGCACAAUACAAAAUCAAUAUAUACAUAUUUCAGAUAUGGCCUCCUUGGCAUGUAGGGCUUUUAGGAUUAAGGAUCCAUUUCUUCGCGUAACACAUGGACUUUCUGCUGCUCCAUCCAUAGUUCCAGUAACGUUAACCACAGAAGGUUUUGUGCCCGUUGCUCAGUUCGUGAGGACGAUCAAAAGCACGACCUGGUUCGAUGAGCACCUCACGGAAGACAGCGGCAAGUUCAUGCGGCGAGAAGUCCGCGAGGACUUCAAACAGAUGUCAGCAGACAGGCUCAACCCCCUGAAAGACGAGCCAUGGCCCCGACAAGAGUGGGAAGAAGGCAGUCGAAGGGUGGGGCUGAUCGCCCUCAAGCUGGGGAUGAUGCCCAUUUGGACUAAGUCUGGGGAGAGGCACGUCGUCACCAUGCUUCAGGUUAAAGAAUGCCACGUGUUGAAGCACCUGUCCAAGGAGGAGCAUGAUGGUGUUCGGCCAGCGCUGAUGGUCGGAGGAAAGGACUGCUCGCCCUUUCAUAGGUCGGAAGUGUCCGUGGAGUUCUUCCGGAAUGCUGGAGUUCCUCCCAAACAGAAGGUGUCGACAUUCCGAGUCACAGACAACGCCCUUAUCAAACCAGGCACUCCUCUUUAUGCUGCUCACUUCCGGCCCGGACAAUAUGUAGACGUCACCGCCAAAACUAUUGGGAAGGGUUUCCAGGGUGUCAUGAAGCGCUGGGGGUUCGGAGGGCAGCCGGCGACUCACGGCCAGACCAAGACACACCGCAGACCGGGAUCACUGGGGCCUGGAGGGGAUCCUGCGAAGGUGUGGAAAGGCAAGAAGAUGCCGGGACAGAUGGGCAACACCUGGGCAACACAAUACGGCCUGAAGGUUUGGAGAGUCAACAACAGAUUUAAUAUUUUGUACGUGCACGGCUCAGUUCCCGGACACAAGAACUGCUUGGUGAAGGUUCGGGACACUGCGUUACCUGAGUGGUCGUCUCAGGUGCAAUCGCUGCCCUUCCCCACGUACUUCAGAGACGGAGACGAGAGGCUGCCCGAAGAUCUCUACGCAGACGACAUGAUACAAUACACACAGGAGGAAGAGGAGACCGCCGCAGCCUGAACACACACACAUACACACACACACACACACACACACACACACACACACCUCUACGCAGACGACAUGAUACAAUACACUCAGGAGGAGGAGGAGACCGCAACAGCAUGAACACACA